CUUCCCAGCAGUUCGAAAACUACAGACUUGAAGGAUGUUAUUGUAUACAUCCAUGGAGGGGCCUUCACCUAUGGAGGGGGUCACCUCUACAUGCCCUGGUACCUGCUGGACCACGAUGUUGUUUAUGCUUCUAUCAACUACCGUCUUGGCCCUCUUGGAUUCUUGAGUACAGAGGAUGAAGUGGUUCCUGGUAACAACGGACUGAAGGACCAAGCAAUGGCACUGGCGUGGUUGCAGCGGAAUGUGGCUGCCUUCGGUGGAAACCCCAGCAGUGUUACCAUAACUGGGAUGUCAGCUGGAGGGGCCAGUGUACAUUACCACUACCUUUCCCCUCGAUCUGUAGGUAUGUAUCAGCUCUACUUACUAUAA